GACGUUAAUGGUCUGUUUUGACUCGACAACAAGGCUUCUCUCCAUAUACGCCGCCCAUGUGAGGACCUGGGCAAAGCUGUCUGAAUUGAUUGAAUCGAUCCGGACAUAAGUGAAUUUAUUUGUACACAGAGAUCGAUGUGUGAUUUGGUAGCAGGUGAAAACCCCCAGAAGAAGAGUGUUUCAGAGCUGCUGUGAUAAAUGAAAUGAAUGGCUUAAAUUAUACGUGAAUGUAAAGACAACGCUACUCAUUUUUUUUAUCAGUUAUUAUUUUUAUUGUAACCGCAUUGGUUUUAAGGAAGGAUAGUUUGGUAUGACAUUUAUAGAGGUAUGUGAUUAUUGUUCGGUAACGAAUUGAGGAAUAUUUCAAACAAGACGAGGGAAGAGGAAAAGGAGUGAACUUAACCUAUGUACACCAUCUUAUUGGGUGAUAUACUGGUUAAAGAGAUAAUGUGGUCUGACGCUUGUCAGAUUAGGAAAGUGUACUGGCUAAGAAAGGGAUGACCCUCGCUUCAGCGAUUAACGAAGGUUAAGCUAAGAAUACUAAAUUCGGAAUAAUAAAAAAGGUAAACGAAAUCGGGAACGACACCUUGUUUGACCAUAUAUUGCAUGAUUGUUUUGAAAAGGAGACACAUUUUAAAAGCAUACACAAAAAAACUUUUUUGUUUCUUUUUAUAUAACCAACAUUUAUUCAUAGUGAAACAUUGAUAUACGCUUAUUUUUUAUAACUGAAUCUGCCAUUAAUGAACGUAUACUGAUUAAGGAAGAAACACGAAAACAAAAGACAAACUCAAGAGAGGUAUGGAAUAUGACAUGGAGAGAGGGAGUUAAAACUACGAGGAUAACAACGCAGGUUGGAGUAAUUUAAGUGUGGGAUCAACUCCGAAGGGUGUUCUUGGAUUAGUUUUAUGUUAGCAGAUCACAAACAGCAAAGACAUGUCUCUGGAUCAGUCGUUUAUCGUCGUUAAAUAUGGAGACGACCAAGAAGCCUUGUUCAAUCCUUGGUGCUCGACACAGACGCUUGUAGACUGGAUUAGACGAAAAUGUGAAUGUCCUAAAGACGUUGUAAUAGAUCUUGUCGACCUAGAUGGUCAGGUUAAAAACCUCUCAGGCAGCAGUGAAGAGUAUGCAAAUGAACUGGUCACGGGUCGAGAAACGUACAUCUUAAUACAUGUUGAGAAGGCCGAUAAUGGACCAAACAGAUAUAUCCCCCUCCUGAACAACAUAGAGAAAAUAAAUCCAGAACUCAUGAUAAAACUUAACAACAUGGCACGACCUUCAACCAGAAAUAAGCGGGAACGUACCAAGAAAAUGUCAAGAUCAGGAAAACCAUCAAAAUUAGAAUCAUCGCUGAAACGGCCCACAAGUACUGAACGCAGAUCGAAACAGCCAAAAUAGAGAGAAUGAGAAACUAUUCUGGAAAGAAAAUUUACGCAAUGGAUAGUCCGAGAGUUCAGUUUUAUCUUACAAAAAUUGUAAUAUAAUCUGAAGAUGAUGGUAUCAGUUUGGAGGACUACAGUGAACCACAAUGCUUAGGAUAGUAAAUCCAAUUGAUAACGCACAGAAAUAUUUGCAAUAAUUGCUUUUUUCUAUUAUGAUACUCAGGAACUGUUAUAGCAGGGGAGAAGACAAACCAUUCUUCCAUAGUUCAUGAACUUCUGAUUAACAUAUGAAAGUGCUAAACAGUUUAAAAAAUAAAGUUCUCCUGUAAGAUCAAUCACAUCUUGUGAAUGCAUUUGCCUAUGAAUGAUACUGUAAAUGAUAAAAUAUUAUGGUCCUUAAAAUUUAAGUGACAUAUUGGCAACAACAAAAAUUAACAAGAAAACAAGAGCUUAAGUUUUAGGAUCAGAUGAAUAUUACACUUUUGAUCAAUUCUGAACUUAUGCAGUUUACAGACAACUCAAAUUUAAUAGAAAAUUUCAGCAAUGUGUAUACCAACUAACUACAUGUAUUGUUAUUGUUUGGUUUAACUAAUAGGAUGUAACCAUUACUGUGUAUUACCGACAAAACAAUCGCACAAGUUUUUAUAAACAUCUAAUAGAUCAUACAUCCUUAAAUUUAGUGCCAUAAGAUAUUAGUAUAUGACACCUAUAAAUUGAAAGGAACAAAACUGCAAAAUGAUAUGUGCCUACUAAAUAUGAAUAAUUAAUUUCCAAAACGCAAUACAGGGCUAGCUCUGGGUGAGCAAAAUAUUUCGCCAAAUUGUUUAUCAAACUUCAAAAAUUGCAGAAAUCAAGAGUUAUUUUUUAAAAAAUGUCAGUUAUUACAUAAAAUUAUUUCGCUAAAUGAAAAUAAAAUUCGCCAAUUGCUUUCAAAAUUCGCAUUUGGCGAAUUUGGUGAAUGCCAGAGCUAGCCCUGCAAUAUAUUACAACUUCCGAGUUUUGGAGUUGGCAGUUCAGGUAUAAUGAUGCUAAUACAACUCCAUCAUAUAACAAUAGAUUGUUCAUCAAAUGACACUCUAUGACCAUUGGUUAGGAACUUAAAACUGUGAUUCAUGUGAUAUACAAUGUACAGGUUUAAUAUUGCGUUUUGGAAAUGACCUCUUCAUAUGUACAAUGUUUUGUUUAAUACAUUAAUCAUUUUCAUGUCCUUCAUGUUUUAUAUCCCUUUAUGUACAUAAUUAUUGGUUAUUUGUAUUAUGUAUGUUGUAAUGCCAUUAAGUGUUGUAAAUAUAUUGUUAUAAUUUUUUAUUCUAUUUGAGAAUAUGUAUCUAAUUAAAAUUAGCUCCGCUGGUUAAUUACUAUUACAUGUGGAUCUAACAGCAGCCCGUUGGAGCUCAUGUCCAGU